AUGGCCAGCGGGAUGCUGGAGGAAGACCUGAUCCAGUAUUACCAGUUUCUGGCAGAGAAGGGAGAUGUCCAGGCACAGGUGGGUCUGGGGCAGCUGCACCUACAUGGGGGACGUGGAGUAGAGCAAAACCAUCAGAGGGCGUUUGAGUACUUCAACCAAGCUGCCAACGCCGGGAAUUCUCAUGCCAUGGCUUUCCUGGGGAAGAUGUACUCAGAGGGCAGUGACACGGUGAUGCAGAGCAAUGAAACCGCUCUUCAGUACUUCAAGAAAGCAGCUGACAUGGGUAAUCCGGUAGGACAGAGCGGUCUCGGCAUGGCGUACCUGUACGGCAGAGGUGUUCCUGUGAACUAUGACCUGGCAUUGAAGUAUUUCCAGAAGGCGGCUGAGCAGGGCUGGGUGGACGGGCAGCUUCAGCUGGGCUCCAUGUACUACAAUGGUGUCGGAGUGAAGAGAGACUACAAACAAGCCCUGAAGUAUUUUAAUUUGGCAUCCCAGGGGGGACACAUUCUGGCAUUUUACAAUCUGGCUCAGAUGCAUGCCACGGGUACUGGGGUUCUCCGAUCCUGCCAAACCGCUGUAGAGCUGUUCAAGAACGUGUGUGAGCGCGGCCGUUGGUCUGAGAGGUUGAUGACGGCUUAUAACAGCUACAAGAACGGGAACGCCAACGCGGCUGUAGUGCAGUACUUGUUGUUGGCUGAACAAGGCUACGAGGUGGCACAGAGCAACGCGGCCUUCAUCCUGGACCAGAAAGAAGCCUCCCUGGUUGGUGAGAAUGAGACUUUCCCCAGAGCUCUGCUACAUUGGAACCGAGCGGCCGCUCAAGGGUACACGUUGGCCCGGCUAAAGCUGGGUGACUAUCAUUACUACGGCUAUGGGACAGAGGUAGACUAUGAGACGGCGUUCAUUCAUUACCGCCUGGCGUCGGAGCAGCAGCACAGCGCCCAAGCCAUGUUCAACCUGGGAUACAUGCAUGAGAAGGGUCUGGGCAUCAAACAGGAUAUUCAUUUGGCCAAGAGAUUCUACGACAUGGCAGCUGAGGCCAGCCCAGACGCACAGGUCCCCGUCUUCCUGGCGCUCUGUAAACUGGGAGUAUUGUAUGCUGUGCAGUACCUGCGGGAACUGAAUGUGAAGGAAGUCAUGUCUCGUGUCGAUAUGGAUCAGUUACUGGGGCCAGAAUGGGACCUCUAUCUCAUGACCAUCAUCGCAUUACUCCUGGGGACAGUCAUCGCUUACCGACAAAGACAGCCGCAGGUGGUUCCGCGACCUCCGGCUCCCAGACCUGCUGCACAAGACCCCCCUCCUCCACAGCAGGAUCAGCCCCAGCAACAGCCGCAGGAAGGCCAGGCACCGCAAUGA